UAAGAACCGGGUUUUUUUCUGGAAAGCAGCUCACUUUCUCUUUAGCAAAACCCUAACGAAGCGUGCAAAGUUACAGAGCGUAGUCUUCUUCCAUCUUCCGAACCGACCGUUACUACCUCCUUCUUCUUCUUCUUACGCUGCUGAGAGAAGAUGCAGAGUGAGGAGUCUCACGAGCUUGCGAAUGAAGUAUCCACCAAGGAGGAGAGUAAGGAAACAAUGAAGAGUCAAAAGGCGGAUAGAAAGAAAAAGAAGCUGAAAGAGAAGCUGCUCAAGGAAGCUACUAAGGCUGUCAAUCGAGGAGUCUGCUACUUGAGCCGCAUCCCGCCACACAUGGAUCACGUUAGACUUCGCCAGAUCCUCUCUCAGUUUGGUGAAAUUGAUAGGAUUUAUCUUGCACCUGAAGAUCCUGAAGCACAAGUUCACCGUAAGAAGGCUGGUGGAUUUCGUGGCCAACUGUUUUCUGAAGGGUGGGUUGAGUUUGCUAAGAAAAGCAUAGCUAAGAGAGUCGCAGAUAUGCUUAAUGGAGAACAAAUAGGGGGAAAGAAGAAGUCAGCUAUAUACUAUGAUAUUUGGAACAUCAAGUACUUGUCCAAAUUCAAAUGGGAUGAUCUCACCGAUGAAAUUGCAUACAAAAGUGCAAUAAGGGAACAGAAACUGAAUAUGGUAUUGUCUGCUGCUAAGAGAGAGAAGGACUUUUAUCUCUCUAAAGUGGAGAAGUCUCGUGCCAUGACCGAGAUCGAUGAACGAAUGAAGAAGAAGCGAAAGAUACAGGAAGAAUCAGGCAGCAACGCUGAACCAGCACAAGUCUUCCCGCCUAGGGUGGUUCGUCAGUUUAGACAGAAGACAGCAAUCAAAAAUGAGGUGUCUCAGAGCAAACCUGGACUCUCCACAGAUGUCCUAGCAUCGGUUUUCGGCGGUUCUUAAAGAUUAAGAAGAGGCAUGUGAAGAAACUACGGUUUGAUUAAAAGCUUGAUCAUAUAUAUAUAUAUAUAUAUAUAUGUAUGGAUGGAAUUUACCUUUUAAGUCAACAGAGAGAACCUUCACAUUCACUUCUCUAGCUUUUUGUUACUAAGAAUAUGAAUUAAACAAAUUUUGAUACUUUUAUUUUCUUUGAGCAUAUUUGAUAUUUAGACACA